UAUGAAAUCAAACGACCAUCCGGAAAGUGUAACAUUGAAAAAAGAACGAAAGAAGCGGAUUACACUGGCCGUGGUCAUCGUCGCCACCAUUGGACCGGGCGUGUCAUGAUGGUCAGAAGAGAGAGGUUGUGUCUCGCCGGAGCUGUGCGUGGUGCCACGCCCGCGGCCGCCGGGUCGCUGCUGCACCCGUCCGCGCCCGCACGCAGGCCGCCGGCCGCCGUAUGUAAACAAGGCGUCGGUGGCGGAGCGACGCCGCCCGCCGCGCCGCGCCGCGGCCGCCGCUCAUUGGUCGCCGCCACCGAUGAGUGCUAUAUGGCUGUAAGCGCCGCCCCCCGGCAGCCGCCAGCGAUUGGCAUAACAUUCUGUUUGAUUACGCUAAAUUGCCUGGAGCGGCGCUUUUGUCAUCGUCGGACAAGUGGCGGCGCGCGGCGCGGCGGCUCGGGCGGCUCGGCCGUCAGUCGCCGCGGGACGCCCGUACCUACCACGGGGAGCGCCAUGGCUGCGGAGCCGGACGCCACGGAGGACGCGGCGGCGUCCGAGUGCUGCGCGCCGGGCCCGGUCGGCCUCAACCUGAGCACCCGGCCGCGCGCCUCGUUCAUGAUCGGCGACAUCCUGGCGCGGCGGCCGGCGCUGCUGCGGCUGGCCGCCCCGCCGGCCGAGGAGCGAGCCUCGUCUCCCGACUCGACGGCCAGCGGCCGCGCCAGCCCGACCCGUCUCAGCGCCUGCGGCGACAAGCCAGAUUCAGAGGAGGAGGCGGGCUCGGCCACCGCCGACUCCCAGAGCGGCGCCGGUGGUAAAAAGUCGCGGAAGGCGCGGACGGCAUUCACUGACCACCAGCUACAAACGCUGGAGAAGAGCUUCGAGCGACAAAAGUACCUGAGCGUCCAGGACAGAAUGGAGCUGGCGGCCAAACUCAACCUGACCGAUACACAGGUCAAGACCUGGUACCAGAACAGGAGAACAAAGUGGAAGCGUCAGACGGCCGUCGGUCUGGAGCUGCUCAGCGAGGCCGGCAACUACGCGGCCGUUCAGCGGUUGUACGGCACGCCGUACUGGCCAGCGGCGCCUGCCUCCAAUCUGGACUUUUACUACCGUCAGGCGGCGGCGGCGCUGGCGCAGCGCUCAGUGGCCGUUCCACGGCUGCUGCUGCCGCCGGCCGCCGGCGCCGGGCCGCCAGCCGCGCUCAGCCCCUUCGGCGGCCUCCAGUCGGCGGCCCACUACCUGACAGCGCUCUCAGGCACCUCCAAGUCAGGCGCCGAGCACACAUGAGCUGCUGAGACGGUUAUCAGUCUAACCCCGACCAAACGGGGAGCGAGUCAGCCCUGGGUCCGUGGUGGGUGAGACACGGCCGCCUCGAGGACCCAACGUUCCUACCAGGGGCGAGAGGGCCCGGCAGUCAGUAUCACCGAGCGCGGCCCGCUACUGCGUCACGAGGCCAGCACCAGCGGCAACUCAGGUGUGUGCUCUCACCGGCAACCAAAGACCAAGUCACCCGCUUGACCCCAGCCGCUGAACUCCCGGCCACGGUCGCCUGAAAAUAAUUCUGCGAUAUCCGCGACUUUUGUUUCUCCCAGAACCGUUGAACAUGUGAGACGCGAAUUCGAGGCAGCCGGUGAUUAUUGGCCGGGUAUGCAGUUUAGUUGACCCAGCACCGUAUUAUAUGGAGCGUGUGAAGUGAAUGCAUAGUAUAUAUGUGUAUGUGUCGGGCGCCAAGGCAUCUGACAGUGUUUUACGUUUGUGGAAGGUGUAUACUUCCCCUGGGGCAAUCCCUUGCUAUCAUAACGUAAUUGUUGCAGAGCGCUGUUUGAGCGAGUAUUGACAGCGUCAGAGAUUCAUUCGAUUGUGUUAAAGGGGUAAGUAGUUAUCUACAUGUGAAGCAGAGCCGCUUAUAUACCAAUGUUGUUUGAGGUUCGACAUUUCUUGUCAGCGUUCCGUGCAUUUACUUAUGUAUGUAUAGGUAAAUAUGUGUUCAAAGUCUUUUUGUUUGCGAAGUGUACUCAUCUUUCAAAGCACUUGUCCUGUUACUGCAUUUUUGGACACUGAAGUCUAACGUCAACUUGUGGAGAAAAGUGAUGUUUCGGCUAGACGGAAUGCC